CUCAUUUGCCAUCUCUCCCCUCCUCUCUCUCAUAUAGGCAAUGAGAUGUGGAUCUUCAAUGCAGACCAGAUAGAGAAAGGCUACCCCAAGAGAAUCUCCUCUAUAGGCCUGCCCACAGACCUGAAAGGCAUUGACGCAGCCUUCUCCUUUGGAAAGAGCCAGAAGACCUACCUGUUCGCUGGAGACAAGUUCUGGAGGUACAAUGAAGCCAAGAAGAAGAUGGACCCUGGCUUCCCCAAGCUCAUCGCUGACUCCUGGAAUGGAAUCCCAGACGGCAUUGACUCUGCCUUUAGUCUGAAUGGCAUCGGUAAGCAUACUACAUACAAUACUGUAUAAUAGAUACUUUAUUGA